AUGCAUCCCUGGAAUUCCACUGUGGGAUCUGCAUCUUUGAAGCUGAUGCUAAAAUUACUGCAGAGGCUCUUCCAAAGGCGGAUACUGAUAGAAGAUUCAAUGAAAUCGAAGGUCGCCAGUCUGUUCACUGCUCCGAUGACUCUGCCACCUCCAGAUCCACAGUUUGUGCUCAGAGGUACCAGUGCUGCAGUCCACACUCUGCAUUUUUCCUGUGGAGGCCCAGAACCUGAUAUCCCUCUUCUUUUCUCUGGGUCUGAGAAUGGGUUUGUCCAUGUCUGGAACCUGAAAACACACAGAGUGGACACAGCACUGGAUGGCCAUGGAAGAAAAUCUGUGUACUGUGUGAAGACAAUGGGUGGUAAAGACAGGCUUCUCAGUCAGGGGCGCGACCAGAGGAUCUGCUUGUGGGAUUUAGCAGAGGGACGGACUUCAGUGACGGAUUCUGUCUUCACGGAGCAUGUGGGAUUCUGCAGAUGCUCUCUGUUAAAGGUGGCGCAGGGACGCUGGCUAAUGGCCAUGGCAGCCAGAAGCUCGGAGGAGGUUCAGAUUUUGGAGCUGCCGUCCAAGACGUCAGUCUGUACCUUGAAACCAGAGGUGGGUGCCAAGCUGGGCAUGCCCAUGUGUCUGAAGUUAUGGCAGCUCAGCUGUGGUGCACAACCUGUGCUUCUGGCUGGCUAUGAAGAUGGAUCAGUUGUCCUCUGGAAUGUGUCAACGGGAAAAGCGUUGAGCCGACUCAUUUGCCACCAGGAGCCAGUGAUGAGCCUUGACUUUGACUCAGAGAAGGCCAAGGGGAUCUCAGGCUCAUCUGAAAAGGUGCUUAGCAUCUGGAGCCUCAAUGAGCAACAGAACCUCCAGGUUUACAAAACACACAAACUCGUCAACGCUGGCAUAUCUGAUAUCACCAUCCGGCCAGACAAGAAGAUUUUGGCAACAGCAGGGUGGGAUCAUCGCAUCAGGAUCUUUGGGUGGAAAAAGCUGAAGCCCUUGGCAGUGCUGGACUAUCACACAGCAACCGCCCACUGCGUGUCCUUCUCAGACCACAGCAACCCCCGGGACAGACUGCUGGCAGCCGGCUCCAGAGAUCAGCGCAUCAGUGUCUGGUCCAUCUAUGCUCAGACAUGACACAUCCUGCACGGCCAUGGACUAGGAAAACAGGACUGCUGAAGCAAUUCUUAGCACUGUAAUUCAAACGUGCAUGUGGGGAAGUGGUAGAAUCUGUCUCCAGGCUGAAGUGAGAGUCCUAGGCUAAUUCUUAUGCUGCUUGUUUAAGCUAUAAAUUUUUUCUUCCAUAGAAGAAAGUGUAUUUUUAAAAUUCAUAAGCAGAACAAGGCCAGUCACAAAGACCAAAGUUGCUUUGGGUUCUGCUACAGGUUUUGCAACACCUUUCCUUUGGCGGGUUGCUGACAUAACUUGUGCCAAUAUCUUUUGUAAAAAUGGACUGGAAUCCCUCAAACUGCAGUGGGGGCAGAAUAUGUCUGUUUGUAAGUCAUUUAUGUAUCCAAGAAUCUGAAUCAGUGUAAAACAUCACUCUUCCUUGAAAAUUUAUACCCAUUAAACCACCUCCAGUGGUUUCUCAUUGUCAGUUACUUUUUCUUCCCCGUAACUGAAAGGCUAUCAGAACACCCUUGAUUUGUUCACACUCCUGUCAGUUUCUAACUUAAACCAACAGCCAGGAAUGUGACUAGGGAUGGCCUUCGGCAUUUAUGAAUUUCAUUAUGUCUCCUGUCACCUCAAGCCUCACAAUUAAUCACGAGAAAGAAAGGAAAAAAAUCUUCCCCAACAUUGCACUGCAAAGCUGUGUAAAGCCUUUUACAGAGCCAGUGCUAAAUCCUUUCCAUAGACUGAUGAGCUGAAGGAUUUAAACUCGACAAUCCAAUUAGCGCCCUUCUCCUUGGAGAGUCCAGGCUGAGUUUCAGCGUGGAAAGUCAGGGAUUCAGCUGCACAGCUCCCAUUAACAUUUAGGGGAAUCACAUGGGUAAAUCCUUAUCCACACUGUGCAAAUGGUUCCAUUAACUUGUCAUCUCUACAGUCAUGGAAACUGAAAUUCAUUCAUGAAAGUUUUUUUGUUUGCCUCACAAAGCAGCAUUUGCAUUCUUCUAAAGCAUAUUAGACACACACCAGUGUGCUGAGAGCCAGGGUACUGCUGGAUUCCGUCACAAAGCUGCAGUGACAACUGUAUCCAGGCUGUACACUGUUGAUACUUGAUUGUAAAUAAUUGUUUCUGCUCUGUAGAGAGGUGGAAAUCAAAGAAAAAGUGACCAAAAGUGAACAGCAACAUCAAAGACUUUGAAAAUUAUUUGAGGAAAAACACAAAUGCAAAUUAAGGUUUACGUCUGUUAUCCAGCUGUGCUUUGCAGACAGAGAAUAUUGCUAGACUGAAAGCCUUAAGCACCCAGCCUGAUGUUCUUUACAUUAAAACACAGAACCAGGAUACUGUUGCCAGGCUUUUCUAAAUAAAACGGGGCCUGACACAUUUUAGAGUGUGGUGACACUUUAAAUAAUGCAUUUCUUUGAUUAUUUCUUUACUAUUCAGUAGCUGCAUGGAGGAUCACAUUGCAGUUGAAAUUUAAAGCCUAAUUUUGAGUGAUCCUGAGUCAAGGGGAGGUGAUGGUGUUCAUUACAGCUACCAGACAGAGUUGCACUUCUCCACCAUCAUCCACCUCCCACACAGAAGAGGAGCUGCCCCCGCUGUACAAGCAGCUCCAGCCUCAGCCUUGUGGAACGAGAUGCAGUCACCUUCCACAAACCUGCUGCUGGAUGAAACCUUUUCUUUUGUUCUUUUUCCCCUUUCUCAAAGGAGGUCAGAAUUGAUACAAAGAAACAAUUAAAUAAAUAAAUGAAGAAUGUGCUGUUGCAUGUGGUUUUGGGGCCUGUCCUAGGGAGUUUGCACAGAGAUUUCCUUUUGCCUGUGCUGUCUGGUACACCACACGUGUGCCCCAGAGGGUGCCAGCAUUCCUCCUCCAUGGCAGCAAACAGCAGCCUGCACUGCUGGGCAGUUUCCACAGAAGUGAGCUGUGGGUUUAAUGUUCAUCCAGCAGGAAAGGAAACCCAGGGCUCACCCAUCUUGGGCAAAUGCUUAGUGUAAGAAAUAAUUUUUGAUGCAAAUAUUCUGGCAUUGGCACAGUGGCACCCUCUGGAAAGAAGGAUUAAUACCCCAUGCCUUACUGAGAGCAUUAUUAGAUCAGAGGCUGAAAGUUAGGAAUUAUUGAGUAUAUUUUCUCUGAAAAUUGCCAUUUACUGUCAACAUCUGUAUCUAAAGUAAUUAGGGAGACUCAUAAGGGAUGUUUAGAUUUCCAAAUGGGUCUUUUGGAAGAUACUUUAAAGAUUACUGGGUGCUUUAAAUUACUACCUUUUGCUGAGAGUUAAAUAUUUAUGUUUGUCUGAUUAGGUAGAUUUAAAAACAAACUUAGUCAUGCAAGUACAAAUUGAAAAUGAGGACAUGAACUGCAUCUCAGACACACAGGUGAGAGAUUCAUCAGCUUCAGGAGGAAGGACACAGGUUGCAGAGCUGCUUGCAGGAACAGACCCAUCCUUUACUUCCCAUUACCAAGGCACUAUCCAUGUCAUGCCUUUUCACAAUACAAUUAAUUCAUUAACACUUUAUAUCACUACUGAUUUUAUCUAAACACCCAGAAAACAGAUUUUUCUUUCACAAUGUAGUUUCCUUGAAAUGAGCAACCAGACUACACUAGUUUGAUUUAGAGUUGAGCCUAAAUGCCAUAGUUUGAUUGUGAAUUACAGUCUUCUAACAGUUUAUUUGCCUAAGGAAUUAACCUGGACUUCCCCAAAGAAGAAUGGUUUCCAACAGGAAAGACAAUCUAUGUCAAUAUAGGCUGUAAAACACAAUUGUCUGAUAAUAACUAUAACUGUAAAAUACAGAUGUCUGAUUGCAUCUAAUAAAUUAAUUUUUUCAUUUUAAA